CACCUUCCGUCCGGCUGCUCCAGCUCCACCACAUUAAAACUCACACGGAAAGAGAGAGAAAGAUGGAGUUUUAUGAAGAUAACACUCUCUGACCUUCUUGUCUUAUCACAAACAAAUCUCUCACGUUCCUUUUUACUCAUCCAAACCUAUUCUCUAUCUCUUCUCCAUCACCAUCUCUUUACUGUAUGGGUUGCCGAGAUAUUCUGCUGACUUUCUCCGUCGCCCUCUUACUCAUCUCUCUGUUCCAGAUCUGGCUUUUCCGGGAAGGACAAGUCCGGGAACUGUCAGAAGACAACCAGGUUGGAAAAGACGUAAACACCCUCGCCUCCAAGAACAAGAAGGAUAAUGUUCAACGUAUCUUCCAUAGGUACUUCAAGGGUCUAAACAAUAGCAACAGUCGCUUUGAAAAUUCAUACAGACAGAUCCCUAGCUCCCCAGAUCGCCUCCACAACUAGUUAGUUGCUUCUGUUUUUAUAUUCUUUUAUUUUCUUCCAUCCUUUUUAAAAAAUUUAUUGUCAAACUAUAUUUAUUUUCUUACCUCAAUUUGUAUCUUAUGUAUUUCGUAAAUGAGGGCAUUUUGGUUAUUCACAUUUGAAUGACAAUUGUUAGCCGUUGUAUAUAUCAAAAUCGUUUUUUUUUUUUCA